UCAACAUGCAUAGGUUGGAGGGUAAGGUUGCUAUAGUGACAGGAGCAGCAAGCGGAAUAGGAGAAGACACAGUCAAGACAUUUGUUGAAAACGGAGCAUUCGUAGUUAUUGCAGACAUCAACGACGAAUUAGGUCACCAACUCGUAACUUCAAUCGGCUUAGAAAAAGUGAGUUACCACCACUGUGAUGUGAGAGAUGAAAAACAAGUUGAACAAACUAUAUCUUUCACCUUGGAGAAAUACGGAACCCUAGACAUUAUGUUCAGCAAUGCUGGAGUUCCAGGUCCUAUGUCUAGCAUACUAGAAUUUGAUUUGAAUGAAUUCGACAACACCAUGGCUGUGAAUAUUCGAGGUGUGGCUGCAACUAUUAAGCAUGCUGCACGUGUCAUGGUGGAUCGAAAAAUCCGAGGAUCGAUAAUCUGUAAUGCAAGUGUGGCUGCAUCUGUUGCCGGAUGUGGUGGUCAUGAUUAUGUUACAUCCAAACAUGGUCUUAUAGGACUUGUACGUUCAACAUGUAGUGAGCUUGGAGCUUAUGGGAUUAGAGUUAAUUCUAUUUCACCUUAUUUGGUUGUCACACCUCUUUCAUGUAGGACACUUGGUAAGGAACAAGGUGAACUUGAAGCUAAGGGAAAUGAUUUUGCUAAUUUGAAAGGAGUUACAUUGAAGGGUAAGCAUAUUGCAGAAGCUGCUUUGUUUCUUGCUUCUGAUGAAUCUGCUUAUAUUAGUGGACAUGACUUGGUUGUUGAUGGUGGAUUCUCCGUGAUUAAUACUUCUUUUCCUAAUAUUAUUAAAAAAUAGAUUUAAUAUCAUAUUUUGUAACUUUAUUCAUUUCUUUUUCAA